AUGCUUCAUGAAACAACCAAUCUCGCCCCGCUGGGCCAACCUUGGAUCGCUGGUCUUGUGGUAGUUUCCGCGGUCUUAUAUUUGCUCUACAGCACCCAGAGAUGGCGUGCUAACAAUAUCCCCCUUUUGAACGAUGCGGGGCCAUUCGACUUUCUCCAGGCGACAGCAGUGAAUCGCUUUCGCCGCGAUGCCCGGCAGCUGAUAAAAUCCGGCUUUGACUCUCACAGGGAUGUCUUCGCGAUGCGCACGGAUGUCGGGGUCGAGUUGUUUGCGUCCCCUGAAUAUGCGGACCAGUUCCGCAACCACCCUUCGCUGAAGGUAUUCCCAUUCACUGCAAAGAUGCAUCACGGUCAUCUUCCGGGCUUUGAGCUAUGCCGGUCACAGCCGGUCGAAGAUCGCAUUUUCAUAGAGUCUGUGCGAGUACAGCUCGCGCAGUCGUUGGGCAAACUGAUCCAACCUCUCGCAUCAGAUAUCGGGCAAGCAAUCAGCGAUCGAUGGCCUAGUGAAUCAGGCUGGGAGGAAAUAGCUCUUGGGUCAGUGGUCGAACGUACCAUAUCCCAGGGUACAUCUUCUGUGUACUGCCUGGACAAGGCGUGGCCCGAGUUUGUGGUGAAGAUGGAAAUGGCACUGGGUAUGGCAUCAGCGGCACUCUCCGCGUGGCCUGUGAUGCUACGACGGAUUGUGGCUAAGUUUCUGCCCGAAUGCCUGGAGCUCUACCGCACCAUGGACGCCGGCCGAGAGCUCAUGAGCCGUGACAUGCGCAGGAGAACGGCGCUGCAGGCAUCAACAGGCGAAGCGCCCCUAAACUUUUUUGAAUGGUUCAAGGAAGCCUCGCAUGGGGAAGAGCAUGACGAACUGAUACUCAAUCUGCGGAUUGCAUUUGCGUCCAUGCACGGCCUCUGUGACCAUCUGGUGAAGAUCCUCCUUCGCCUUUCCGAGGAUCCUCAGCUUGUCGACGACCUUCGUAAAGAGGUCAUCCAAGUCUACAAGACUCAUGGGUGGAGCAAGACGGCGCUGUACCACUUGAAACUAAUGGACAGUGCGUUCAAGGAAGUUCAACGGGUGGAUCCAAUCCUGUUCGGUAUGCCAACUCCCAUCUCCCUGGUUCAGACACACUCUAACUACGAAACAGCAGUUGGCAGGGUCGCCGUCGACGACGUAACAUUGAAAGACGGCCUCGUCAUCCGCAAAGGCCAGUCGAUCCGGAUUUCCGGACACACAAUGUGGGACGAGGACAAGUAUCCUGACGCCGCGCAUUUCGACGCGUAUCGGUUCUACAAACUCCGACAGGCUCCAGGGCAAGAGAACACAGCACAGUUUACAUCACCUACCUCGGACCACCUGGGAUUCGGCUAUGGAGGCCGCGCCUGUCCCGGGCGGUUCUUCGCCGCGGCGGUACUGAAGAUCUCUCUUUGCCACUUGUUGAUGAAAUACGAUAUCAAGCCGGCCGAUGGGGAGACUGGGCCGCAUGUGUGGGAGUUUGCGGCGGCAAUCAACGCAAACAUGGCCGCAAAGGUGUUGGUCAGACGGCGACAGCCGGAGAUCCAGCUCUAA